UGCUGCCAGUGCCCAUCGCAGCACACAGCAGACAACCCCGCCGAACACUCUGCGAUGGUGUUGCCCGACUCUUCGUUGCUGCUGCUCGUUGUCAGCAUCGCCGUCUUCACGGCGCAGGAGCAGGCCCACGCAGCGCCCAUCAUCAACGACCGAGCCGCCGCAACCCCAAGCUCAAGUAACGCAUGCGCUGAAGCACGCCAGGCACUCGUGGACAUUGAGCAGGUGCUACGGACGUACCAAGUCCCCUUCAUCUCCGCCGCACAGACGAGAACGCUUGGUACGCCAUUCGAUCGGGGCCCAUCACCGCCGCUUCCCAGACCACCACCACCAGCAGCAGCAAGAACAGCAGCUGGCCUGCCAACUGUCAACCUACUCUCCCUCCAACAACUCCAUCAGGCAUCAUGCCAGCCCAAAGACAAAGUCCCCGACGCCCACCAACACAACGCUAACAACAUCAACGUUGUCAACGUCAGUCGCAACACCACAGCUAACACCACAACCAACACCACAGGCAAAGCCACAACCAACACCACACGCGAAGCAACCACCAGCGGCAAGCAUGUGCGUCUUUCCCAGCCACGCGAGCAGCAGCAGCAGCAGCUAUUGGCCAGGCACAAACGCAGCAGUACUGGGGCCCCCGCAAGCGAGGCCGCCGUCCAGCAGUGUCAAGACGCGCUCACCGCCUGCCACAACGUGUCUGAAGCCGUGACAUGCGAGUUCUCCAAAGCCAUUGCGUGCCAGUGCACGUCAGGGCCAGCCGCGUCCCUCACCAUCACCAUCGACGAGUGGGAUGUGUUUCCCCAGAGUCACAGCGCGCAGGAAUGCUUCCGCAACACAUCUGCGCUCAUUGCCCCGUGCCAGCUCGUUGUCGCUGGGCAGCCGUUCCAGCAAAUACUCGAAGGAAUCCUGCACACGGGCGAGUGGGUGAACCUUCGCGAGCUGCACAUCUCCGGGUUCACCGAACGCUACCUCGACCCGUCCACAACCGUGGCUGAACUGCCAUUGCUGGAGGUCCUGGACAUGAGCGGCAACUUCCUGGAUGACCUGGAGCCCGACACGGGCCGCGCGUUCACGCUGCCGUCGCUCGUCGCCCUUGACCUCUCCGACAACCUGCUGUCGCAACUGCCGCGUGCGCUGCUCGCUGCGGGCAAUGCAUCGCUGGUGACGGUCGAUCUCAGCGGCAACGCCAUCGCCACAUUCAAUGCACCGGACACUGCGCUGGAAAACCUCAAGUGCCUGAACGUGUCCAACAGCCUCGUCCAGUCCCUGGACGCAGGCGCGGGCUUGUCGCAGUUCCCACGCGUGGCGAGCCUGGACUUGAGCUUCAACGCCCUCACCUCCAUCCCAGACACGUCCCUGAGCAGCGUGCUUGAAGUCGUGACGGCAAACUUCAGCAACAACCGCCUGACCGAGGUGCCACCGCGCGUGUUUCAACACUGGACGAAGCUAUCCACGCUCAACCUCGCCAGCAACGAAAUCACCGAGAUCCCCGCCACACCCUUCCCUCCAAGCGUGUCCCACCUCUACCUCCAGAACAACAACAUCACGCGGCUGCACGCCGAUGCGCUCAGCGGUUUGGAGUACAUGGUUGUCCUGGCCCUCGACCACAAUCGCAUCACCAGCGUCCCAGCCGGCAUGGCUCGCGUCUUUGAUAUCGUGACACUGGUCAACUUGUACCUCAACGACAACCGCAUCUCAUCCUUGCCCAAUGGAACGACACUUGGACUUUACGUCCAGAUUGCCGAUUUCAGCCACAACCGCCUGACGCGGCUGGACCGGUUCUCCACUGGUGGCGCAUACCACCUCUACCUGUCCUUCAACAACCUCACCCACGUGGACAUGCACAUUCCCCCAUUUUGGCACCGGCCACAGCUGCAGCUGUUGGACCUGAGCGACAACCCGCACCUGCACAAGCUGCCGCCGCUGAACACGCAGCUGGAAGCGCUGAUCAUGCGCAAUCACCGCAUCCCCGUGUUCAACUUGACACAGCUCGUCAGCCUCACGCGCCUUGCAGUGCUGGACCUGGACGUGGCGCCCGGGUUUCACAGCGAGGCGGUCAUUGGCCCGUCUGCACUGCGCUCGUGGACGCUGCCGACACAGGCCCUCAACCUCGCUGGGAUGGCGCUCCCUGCAACCGUCGUGCAGAAGCUCCAGCUGUCCACGUCGUCCCUGAAUCUGCAGAGCUUGCAUCUUGGCUGGCCGGGCUUUGGCACGAGCGUGAGCGGCACGACGGCGUGCGACAUGCUUGCACCCAAAGCGCAGGAGCUGAUGUUGAUCCACACCGCCUUCACCAAGCUCGACGUGUGCCCGCUGGAGCUUGACAUGCUGUUCCUGAUGAACAACCCAGAACUGCGAGAACUGAACGUCUUCAGCAAACUCAAGCGCCUCAACGUGUCUGGCUGCCCACACCUGACGUCGCUGUCUGUGCCGUCUGUGCCCAAGCUUGACAUCAGCGGCACAAGCCUCGUGCCCACGCCGCGGACAUGCGUCACUGAGGGCACGGAAAUGUUGCUUGCACGCAACAUGCGAGGCCAAGGGUUUGCUGUGGACGGCCCCACCCACGCUGCACUAGCGCGCUGCCUCGCCUCAACCGCUGUGCUGGAUCUCUCGGACAACCUGUGGCUGGACGACCCACAGCUCCUGAUGCCCACCGCCAAAGAGGUGGUGACGCUCAGCAACGUCGCACACGCGGAUGGCAAGGGCCGCACACUGCCCACGCGCGCAAGCCCGCAGCUGCUGGUGCUGGCCAACACGCCAAUUGCCUGCACGCUUCAGCUCACCGGCACCCCGGCCACCACAGACACGUCGCUGGUCCAAGAGAUGACGCUUGGCUACGCUUUCUCGUGCGACUGCGCGCCUGGCUUUGAGCUGCAUGAGAGUGGCCGGUGCAGCAGGAAGACGACCUCGUAUGUGGUGGUAGCAGCUGGCUCUGCUGUUGGCGGCGCGGCCUGUGUGCUCCUCACGCUGUUGGUUGCGAGGUGCGUCGUGCGCGCGCGCUCGUACCGCCGCUCACUGCAGGAGGACAACCAGCGACAGCACGUGCUGCUGAUCCAGCGGGCGGCGGAGGUGGAGGCGCUGAAGAAGGCGUGGGAGAUUGAGUUCGAUGAGCUGAGGAUGAUUAAGCGUGUUGCUGCGGGUGCGUUUGGCGUGGUGUUCAAGGCCGAGUGGGACACGGUGACGGUGGCGGUCAAGGUGAUGCAGGAGAGCGUGAUGCUGAUGGAUGAAUCAACCGAGAAGGAGUUCGAAAAGGAGGUGGAGUUCCUGCAGAAGACACGGCACCCCAAUGUGGUGCGCUUCUUUGGUGCUGGGCGUGAUCCCACAUCACACUGCCCGUUCCUGGUGCUGGAGUAUGUUGCCAUGGGGUCGCUCAAGGACCUGUUGCAGCAGAACAUGGAGCAGGUGCUGCGCUCCCGCCCACGCGCUGCUGUGGAGGCUGGUGACGGGGCCGUGGACACGGUGUGGGACCUCAAACUGCAGCUGCUGCAGGACGUCACAAGCGGAAUGGCGUUUAUCCAUGGCCUCGGGCAUGCACACAGAGACCUGAAGAGCGGCAACGUGCUUGUGUCUGCACACCUGCGCGCCAAAAUCACGGACUUUGGGUCCAUUCGCGAGUGCUUGACACGACCUGUGGACGCCACGCCCAUCAACCAGCGCCCUCGUGGUGGCAACGACGACGACGACGACGAUGACGACGACGAUGAUAACAACGGUGGUAACAAUGGUGGUGGUCGUCGUGGUGCCACGAGCGGACCUGUGCGCACAAUGACGAUGACGGCUGGCGUGGGCACGCCGCUGUACAUGGCGCCGGAGGUGCUGGCUGGCGGUCGUUAUGACACGCGCGCGGACGUGUUCAGCUUUGGCGUGCUCAUGUGGGAGGUGGCGACACAGCGUGUGCCCGAUCUCGUUGCGCAGGAGAAGGGGAGCGGGUACCGCGGCCCGCUGCUGUCGACGCUCAGCAACCUCCUGGACGAGGGAAAGCGUCUCUCUUACCAAGGACACGUUGAUGUGCCUCAGUGGUACCAGGACUUGUCGCUCACGUGCAUGGCGCAGAGUGCGACGUCCCGCCCGACGUUUGAGGACCUCUCACACGGCAGCCUCUCACCCCGCUGACACGCUCAUUUGUGGCGUGUGUGUAUGUAUGAUACGAGCGAUAAACGCAAACGUCUCACCUUCUUGUUCUUGCUGUUGUUCUCUAAAAGCAACGUUCUAUACUUCUCUUCUUCUAACUUUCAAUCAAUCAAUCAACAAUGUAAAUGGUUCACAACAACG